AUGUCCAUGACUGGCACACUUACUAUCAGGAGUCAUUCCUCACAAUCCCAUAGCCCUAAACUAAGGAAAAACAACAGACUUGGCAAGUCUACUUAUGAAGUGAAGGCUAUUGAACCAUACAAGCAGCCUCCAACCAGCUUAGCAAUGAGAUGGGGGAGAAAGCCAGCAACCAAGGACACUUCUACACCUCAACUUGAUGCCACCCUCCACAAGGUCAAACCAAAUCUGACCAAGCCUCCCAUUGCUGGACGACACAAGGUGCUUAGGUUUGUCUCAGAAUCAAAUUGUGAGACAGAUUGCGAGGUAUUUCAAAAUAUCACUCAAGCAGACUAUGAUUAUAUAUCUUGCCAAAUCAAAGAUUACCCUGCAAGACCAAAGUUGGAAUACAACUGUGAUACCCAUACCCUUGUUGUUGAAAUGCCUUCCCCCAUACAUGAGGCUGUAAUCAAGGCUAUCAGCAAAGGAUUGGAAUGUCUAGAUCUUCUCCUGCAGGAUUUCAUUGUUGGGAAUUUUCUGUCCUCAGACACCCACACUAACUUGACCAUUGACAGGGACUCAGUGAAAUGUAUCCCUGAUAUCAUCCAUGUGGUCACUGCCCUCACCAACCCCCCCAUCCUAACCACUCCUGUCAUGGGCAAGGUGGCUGUAUCACAGUCCAGAGCUGAUCUACUACAGAGGCUCAGGGACAGGGUUGAGGCAUUCCCAGAUAUCAUACUGCUCUUCAUGGUUGAGAUUAAUGAACAGAUCCCCUACAGCCCACCCAAACACCUGAGCAAUGCAUGGCAAAAGCUACAAAAUGGGGAGAAUGCUCAUUCUUUCACCACCAUCCUUUCCAACCACACUGGCCCAAGAUCACUCAAUACACCCACUGAAAUUGAGGUUGAAGGGCACCUCUGGCAUACGAUGUCAAGCGUGCAUUUUCAGGUUUGGGUACAAGACAUCAAUGGGCAAAUUGACAUAGACACGCAGAACCCAAAUCUCACAACAUGUGGUGAAUUAUUUCUGAAUGAAUCAAUGGACAAUGUCACACUCAUGAUGGAGAUGGGACUGUCCCAGAUGAGGGAACAGUACACACAUUUGUCCCAACAGGUCAGCCCGAAUAUCGAUGUUUCGGCCCUGCUGGCCACACCUGUCACUCUCCCCUUUGGAUGGGAUGGGAUGCUUUCUAAGCUUGCCCUUGCAAGUAUGUCAAUGGCUCAUGAUCAUUACAAGAGUUGGUAUAGUGUGGUGGCAGGCAGUAGGGGAGUCAAGCGCACAGCAGAGGAAGCAUUUGAUGCAGGCCCAGCCAAGAACACACGUUCACACAUGCGUGCACAUGUGCUCACACUGCUGCACUUCGCCGGGGCUUGA